GGAGGGCGGCGAUUCCUUCUGUCACGACUUGGGUCGCUCCCACCGGAGGACACCGACCGUCUGAGUCCAGCCUUUACCGAGGUGCUUUCAUUACAGGAGACGGCGCACACCGGGAGGGGAGACGCAUGAGGGUUUCGUCCCAGGUGCUGCACUGACAACUCGGGAUUUGUCCUCCUCCUGCCUGUGUCGGUGAGGAGAGGAGGGAGGAGAGAGAGAGAGAAAGAGGGGGGGAUCAUCAGUGCUGGAGCGACCAGCCGCCUUUUCUUCUAUCGGAGCUGCGGUAAAAAGUCGUUCACGAUGCCGGUGUUUCACACCAAGACCAUCGAGAGUAUCCUGGAGCCGGUGGCCCAGCAGAUCUCCCACCUGGUCAUCAUGCACGAGGAGGGGGAGGUGGACGGUAAAGCCAUCCCGGAUCUGACGGUGCCGGUGGCCGCGGUGCAGGCGGCUGUCAGCAACCUUGUGCGGGUGGGGAAGGAGACAGUUCAAACCACGGAGGACCAGGUGAUGAAGAGAGACAUGCCCCCUGCGUUCAUUAAGGUGGAGAACUCAAGCUCUAAGCUCGUCCAGGCAGCUCAGAUGCUAAAGGCAGAUCCAUACUCUGUUCCUGCACGAGAUUAUCUGAUCGAUGGAUCCAGAGGGAUACUGUCUGGAACGUCCGACCUGCUCCUUACCUUUGAUGAGGCAGAGGUGCGUAAGAUAAUUCGUGUAUGUAAAGGUAUCCUAGAGUAUCUGGCAGUAGCUGAGGUGGUGGAGACCAUGGAGGACCUCAUCACUUACACCAAGAACCUGGGACCAGGGAUGACCAAAAUGUCAAAGAUGAUUGAGGAGAGGCAGCAGGAACUUACGCACCAAGAACACAGACAGAUGCUCGUCAACUCCAUGAACACUGUCAAAGAGCUGCUGCCUGUUCUUAUAUCAGCUAUAAAGAUUUUUGUGGCCACCAAGAGCAGUCGAGGUGCCGGCGUCGAGGAGGCAGAGAGGAACAGAAGGUUUACCUUUGAAAAGAUGAGCGCUGAAAUCAACGAGAUCAUUAGAGUCUUACAGCUCACCACGUGGGAUGAAGACGCCUGGGCCAAUAAGGAUAUGGAGGCUUUGAAGAGAUCUCUGGCUUUGAUUGAGUCAAAGAUGGCACAAGCUAAAACCUGGCUCAAAGACCCCCAUGGACAACCAGGAGACCCUGGCGAGGUUGCCCUGUGUGUGAUACUGGAUGAAGCUGGUAAGGUGGGUGAGCUGUGUGCUGGGAAGGAGAGGAAAGAUAUACUGGCAACCACUAAGGCUCUGGGGCAAAUGACUGACCAAAUCGCAGAUCUACGAGCCAGAGGCCAGGGCCCGACCCCAGGGUGUGUGCAGCGUGCAGGCCAGUGCUCACAGGGCUUAGACUUAUUAUUUGGCAAAGUGGACAGUGCUGCUCGCAGACUGGAGGCUCUAAUCAAUGCCAAGCAGGCCAUUGCCAGAAGGCUGGAUGCUGCACAGGCCUGGCUGGCUGAUCCUAACGGCGGCCCUGAGGGGGAGGAGAACAUCAGAGCGCUACUAGCAGAGGCCAAACGCAUCGCCGAUCUAUGUGAAGACCCCAAAGAGAGGGACGACAUCCUGCGCUCCAUCAGUGAGAUCGCAGGCCUCACUGCCAGACUUGUGGAGCUACGCAAACAGCUCAAACUGCAACCUCAUGCCACCAAUAGCUGGCACAUUUUACCUGCUUGGAAACUAUGUUGUUGCCUGUCAACCCUUGGCAUCAGUCCUACAAUAAGGGGUAAAGGUGACAGCCCGGAGGCCCGUGCAUUGGCAAAGCAGAUUGGGGCAGCCCUGCUGACCCUGCAGUCUAAAACCAACCGGGCUGUGGCCAACAUGAGACCAGCCAAACCCGCCGUCACCUUGGAGGGCAAGAUGGAGCAGGCCCUCCGCUGGGUGAACAAUCCCGGAGUGGACGACAGAGGAGUAGAGUGUGAGAUACUACAGUGGAACACAGGUCAGGCAGCAAUCAGAGGAAUGGUUGGAGAAGGGAAGAGGCUGGCAGGAGGUCUGUUAGGUCCGUAUCGACAGGAUAUGCUUGGACGCUGCGACCGAACGGAGGCUCUAAUGACAUCUUUGGCAGACAUGGCUGGCAGGGGUGAGGCAGAAGCCCCUCAUGCAAGAGCUACAGCCGCACAACUGCAGGACAGCCUCAAGGACCUCAGAAAACACAUGCAGGAGGUGAUGACUCAGGAAGUGUCUGAUGUUUUCAGUGACACCACCACCCCUAUCAAACUGCUGGCUGUGGCUGCAACUGCUCCCCCCGAUGCCCCCAACAGAGAGGAAGUGUUUGACGAACGUGCAGGGAACUUCGAGGCCCACUCAGGUCGGCUGGGGGCAACCGCAGAGAAGGCUGCUGCGGUGGGAACAGCCAAUAAGAGCACAGUAGAGGGCAUACAUGCUGCUGUGAAACACUCCAGGGAGCUCACACCACAGGUGACCUCUGCUGCUCGGAUCUUGUUGAAGAAUCCUGGAAAUAAAGCAGCCUACGAGCACUUUGACACCAUGAAGAACCAGUGGAUUGACAAUGUGGAGAAACUCACUAGUCUGGUGGAUGAGGCCAUCGACACAAAAUCUCUGUUAGAUGCUUCUGAGGAGGCUAUAAAGAAAGACAUCGACAAGUGCCGAGUUGCCAUGGCGAAUGUUCAGCCCCAAAUGCUUGUUGCCGGGGCAACAAGCAUAGCAAGACGAGCUAAUCGGGUCCUUUUAGUGGCUAAGAGGGAAGUGGAAAACUCUGAAGAUCCACGGUUCAGAGACACAGUGAAACAUGCUUCAGACAUCCUCUCACACACCAUCUCGCCCAUGGUGAUGGAUGCUAAGGCAGUGGCUGGGAACAUACAGGAUAAAGCUCUGCAGAAGGCCUAUUUGGACUCUUGUCUGAGGAUCCUGGGUGCAGUUGGAAAAGUUAGAGAAGCCUUCCAACCUCAGGAGCCCGACUUCCCUCCUCCACCACCUGACCUGGACCAGCUCCAUGUUAGUGAUGAACAGGCGCCACCCAAGCCCCCCUUGCCAGAGGGUGAGGUUCCCCCGCCUCGACCUCCUCCUCCAGAGGAGAAGGAUGAGGAGUUCCCAGAGCAGAAGGCUGGAGAGGUGCUCAGCGAGCCCAUGAUGGUGGCCGCCAGGCAGCUGCACGAUGAGGCACGCAAGUGGUCCAGCAAGCCAACAAUCCCCCCCCCUCCUCCCCGCCCCACCCCUCCUCCCCGCCCCACCCAGCCUGAGGAUGAGGAGGCAGUAGAGGAGAGGGAGGUAGAUGAUGAAGAUGAGUUUACUGAUGGUGAGGAUGACUAUGAGCCAGAACUGCUGAUGAUGCCCUCCAACCAGCCUGUCAAUCAACCCAUUCUGGCAGCUGCCCAGGCUCUCCACCAGGAGGCGCGCAAGUGGUCCAGCAAGGGUAACGACAUCAUUGCAGCAGCCAAGCGGAUGGCUCUGCUAAUGGCAGAAAUGUCUCGGCUGGUGCGUGGUGGAAGCGGGAACAAACGAGCACUGAUUCAGUGCGCAAAGGACAUCGCCAAGGCAUCGGAUGAGGUGACAAGACUGGCCAAAGAAGUGGCCAAGCAGUGCACUGACAGACGCAUCAGAACUAAUCUGCUACAGGUGUGUGAACGAAUCCCCACCAUCAGUACUCAGCUGAAGAUCCUCUCUACUGUCAAAGCCACCAUGCUGGGACGAACAAACAUUAGUGAAGAGGAGUCAGAACAGGCCACAGAGAUGUUGGUCCAUAACGCACAGAAUCUGAUGCAGUCGGUGAAGGAGACUGUCAGAGAAGCAGAAGCAGCCUCCAUCAAGAUCCGCACGGAUGCCGGAUUCACCCUUCGCUGGGUGCGCAAGACCCCCUGGUACCAAUAAACAAACCCGGUCACCGAAAACUAGUAACACUCUUGACUUGGCACCGAUAGCACAAGCCGCGAAUAAAAGUAGCAAUGUGCAUACUCAUCGUGAGUAAACGUGUGCACUUCCUCAAGGAGGAAACUGCAGGUGAUUUCGAUCCAUCCUCCGCUGUAGUUUGGGUGUGUCUACCAGGAAGCAUUAGAUAAGCAGGUUUCAUUUAUCAGACUGAGUUCAGCUUUGCUCUCCAGUUCCCUUUAUCUGUAUCUGUGGAAUCACGCAGGCUAAUCGGAGACAGUUUUUAAUAUAUAUUUUUGGUAUGUUGUGUUACAAGAGUUUAUCCAAAUCCCAGGUAUAUAUUUUUUGCAUGGAAAUUUUUUCUAUUUUCUAAAGGUAUAUGAUGACAAUAAUAUACUUAUCUCCUAGAGGACAUUUACUUUUGAUUUAGUUUCUUUUUUCUUUUUUUUUUUCAGUGAGAGUUUCUUAGCGUCUAUUGUAUAUACAGUAAUUAUUUGUUUUAUGGACAACACUCAGCAAUGAGCUUUAUACACCAAGUUUGACACUAAACUGUGGAGUCUUGUGUGGGCUGACGAGCUCUCCUCUCUUCAUGUUUACUUUUAGUAAUAACGCUGUUCUUAACUGAAGAUCUAUGAAUUCACAGGUGAUACAUCGAUACUUGAAGAACUGAAAGGUCUUCUGGAUUAAAAGCGUUAUGACUUAUAGGCAUGUAUGGUUGUCAAUAAAGUUUUUUUUUUAGAUUGCAGGAGGGCUUAACAGAGGUUUUCACUCGACUGUUGGCAGUAAGAGCGACAGUACAGUAAAACUAGCUGAGGUGUUUUUAACGUGUGUUUUGAGUUCUUUGUUUGAACUUUAUUUACCUUUCACAGUGAACAAUGCCAAAGGAUUUGUUUUACAUUACUGUAAUCUACAUACAUUUUUUUCUUUUUUAACCAUUAAAAAUUCAGGUUACAACAAGACAGAUGUUUUUUCUUUUGAGACCCGGAAAUACUUUUUAAGGUCUUAUUUUAUUGAGCAAAAAAAGAGAAAAAGUUUUCUCCUCUUUGCUUUUUUUCUUGCUUUCUUUUUUUUUACUAAUCGUGGUGCUUUGUUUCUGCACUAUCUCUGUAACAGUUGAACUGUUUGAAUUUUUCUUUUCAAAAUUAAUCAAAACAAUGACUUUUAGACAGCCAUUCAACAUCCUGUUUUCUUUCUCCAUGUGUGAGCUCAGUGAUCCCACUCUGAAUGCUCGGACGCAUCAUUUUAACUCAGAUUUUCUAUACGACCCCGGUGGUUUGAGAACUAAAACAACCUUUUUAUGUGAUAUCAGGCAUUGAUGCCAGUCUGGCAGGAAAAGUUUUUUAGGUUUAAAUCUUAAAAAAAGAAAAACUGUUUAUGGACUAUUGUGUUUAUGGAGGAGUGUUUUUGUCUGGAAUAACUACACAGCAGUUUAAGGAAUCAUGAUUGGUAACUCAAUAUCACACGUAAUCAGAUGAGUGAAUGCACAUUUUCAUUCCCUAAACAGUAUUUUAUCAACUUUUACUACGUAUUUUUACAAUGGCUGGGCAAAUUUAACUGUUAAAUGGAGUAUGUGUGUGUGUAUGUGUGAAGCUUCUUCACUUGAACAGUAUUAGUGAGCCGUUCCCAUGAUGGUUAGAGGAAAGAGCUCUGAACAGCAACACAGAACGUUAACUGCAUUUUCAUCUUCAUUUGGGCCUACUGAGCAUGUAGCAGCCACUGACCCCUCACUGAGAGCGACAGGGUGUACUUCUGUGUGUACUUGCUGUGUUCAUUCACACCCUGAAUGUAUUCUGAUAGCUUCUAGCCCUGCCAACACAUCUGCUGUGCCUUGGAAGAAUAAAAGACUAUAAUGAUGA